GCAACGCCUGAGACCCAGGGCUACAGCAGCAAGCACUCACCAGGGCCCCACACUGCAGGGGGAAAUUUUCCGGCUGUUGCAGCUGCGAGGAUCCACUUGUCAUGCAGGGAGGAGAAGCUGAAGAGGCAAUGCCAGCCGGGGCCACUCUGCAGGUCCCGGUGACGUUUGAGGACGUUGCCAUCUAUUUCUCCCGGGAGGAGUGGGAGAUGCUGGCAGAGUGGCAGAAGGAGCUGUACCGGGACGUGAUGAAGGAACAUUAUGACAAUCUGAUUUCCCUGGGCCAUGCAGGCACCAAGCCUGACGUUUUAUCCCGGAUCGAACAAGGGGGAGAGCCGUGGGUUGUGGAUCAGAAGGAGGAAAGAGAGAGGCUGGAAUGCACCUCGCUUGAGGGUGCAGGCCUGAGCAGAACUGAGGAGCAGCAGCAGGAGAAAGGGCCUGAGAACUUGGAGCCACAGGGGACUUUCCCGAGUAGGUCGGAAGAGAGAGUUUUCCAGAGUCCUGAGCAGGAAGAAACUUGCCAGAGGCAGCGCAGGUCGCUGAGGCUGCAGCGGAUCUCACCGAGGAAUGAGCCAGAUGCCCCAAGGGACUGUGAAAGGGGUGGCCAGGAACCUCCGAGGCUCCCUGCGCAGGAGAGACCGAAGACGAGCCAGAGCCCACCUACGUGUGAACUCAGCUUCGAGGGAGAGAGAGACCUUAGCGCAGACAAGUGCAGUGUCCACAAGAGAAAGGAUCCACACCAGUGCCAAGUGUGUGGGAAGUGCUUCCGGCUACGGCAGGACCUCAGGAGGCACCAGAGGAUCCACACGGGGGAGAAGCCCUACCUCUGCCUUUACUGUGGGAAGAGGUUCAGCCAGACUGCCAAUCUCUGCACCCACAAGAAGAUGCACAGAGGGGAGCGGCCGUACCCCUGCACCACCUGUGGCAAGAGCUUCCGGCAGAAGCAGCAGCUGGUGUCCCACAGCCGGAUCCACACGGGAGAGCGGCCCUACCUCUGCACGCAGUGCGCCAAGAGCUUCCGCUGUAAGCAGGGGCUCAGGGCCCACCAGAAAACCCACGUGGGAGAGGGAGGCUCGGAGGGGAGCCAGGCCAAAGGGCGGGUCUUCACCUGCCCCAAGUGCAAGGCUGUCUUCACUCACAGGCACGACUUCCUAGCGCACCGGCGAGCGCACGCCACCAGCGAGCAGCCCUACCAGUGUGCCGACUGUGGGAGGCGCUUCAGACAGCGGCAGCAGCUGAUUCCGCACCGCCGGAUCCACACCGGAGAGCGACCCUACAGCUGCCCUCUCUGUGGGAAGAGCUUCCGGCGCAGGCAGGAGCUGACCACGCACCAGAGAAUCCACACGGACGAGAGGCCCUUCCGCUGCCCUGAGUGCCCACGCAGCUUCAGGGAGAAGCAGAAGCUGAGGAGACACCAGAGAAUCCACACAGACGAGAGGCCCUAUGCCUGCCCAGAGUGCGAGAAAUGCUUCCGGCAGAAGCAGCAGAUGGUGUCCCACCUCCGGAUCCACACGGACGAGAGGCCCUACGCCUGCUCGGAGUGCGGGAAAUGCUUCCGGCGGAAAGACUCCCUCGCCAAACACCAGAGAACCCACCAAAGGGCCCAGACAUAGGGCUUGUCUACACUACCACUUAAGUCAAUGUAACGUACAUCGCUCGGGGAUGUGAAAAAGUCCCUCCCCACUUCCCCCCCGAGCAACGCAAGUUACAUCAACUUAAAGCACUGUCCACACCGUGCUAUGUCGGCAGGAGACACUCUCCCGCCUACAUGGUUUCCUCCUCUCGUUGAGAUGGAGUAAUUAUGCCGACGGGCGAGCGUUCUCCCAUCACACAGUGCAUCUUCACCGUACGCACUACAGCGGCGCAGCUGCAUCAGUGCGUGGUAGUGUAGACUAGACCAUAGUCAAUGCAGUCGUCCUGCCCCAAACUCCCUCCUCGUUUCCCCCAUGGAGGGGAAACCCCUUCCGCAGGGACUCAGAGAAACCACCCCCGGAGCCAUCAUCCCUUCAUAGCUCUCAGCAGAGAACAGAGGGGAAGAAACACUACAGACACACAUCCACCCUGGAGAAGGCGAAGGAGCUGCACCUCCAUUCCCUCAAAGGGUCCAGGCAGCCACAGUCUCACAUUUAUUGUUUCUUUGAUGAAUUUGAAUCAUUAUAGAGGGACCUUGUCCUUCCUGUGAACCCCGGUAAAGCCCUUCUGUUCUCUUCUCUGUGUAGUUGUCCUAGGACAGGCAGGAUUUCCGAGCUCUCUGUAUUUCCCUGCCCUGUAAAGGGCAAGUCGGUUGGGUGUAUGUGAGGUUCCCUGUGUGGUGGGAGAGGCAUACGUAGGUGAAAACCAUGACACGGUGCAGUAGUUUAAUAGAUUCAUAGAGCUGAAGGCCAGAAGGGACCAUUAGAUCAUCUAGUCUCACCUCCUGUCUAGUACAGGCCAGUCAGUUUCACUCUGUUACCCCUGUAUUGAACCCAGUCACUUGUGUUUGACUAAAGCAUCUUCCAGAAAGGCAACCCGUCUUGAUCAAGAGAUGGAGAAUCCACUCUUUCUGCGGGUAGUUUGUUCCAAUGGUUAUUCACCCUCACUAUCAGAAACAUGUGCCUUAUUUCUAACUUGCCUUUGCCUGACUUCAGCUUCCAGCUCUUGGUUCUUGUUGUGUCUUUCUGCACUAGAUGAAAGAGCUCUGGAGUGCCUGGUAUUUUUCUCCCAAUGAAGGUACUUCUAUAUUGUGAUCAAGUCACUUCUCAAUCUUCUUUGUGAUAAACUAAACAGAUUGAGCUCUAAGUCUCUCAUUGUCAGGCAUUUUCUCCAGCCCUUGAAUCCUUUUUCUGGAUGUUUUCUGCACCCUCUCCAAUUUGUCAACAUCCUUUUUAAAAUGUGGACCCCAGAACCGGAUGCAGUAUCCCAGUACUAGCAAUCUCCCCUGUGCUCUAUACAGAGGUAAAAUCACUUCCCUACUGCCCUGUUUGCACACCCAGGAUCACGUUAGCCCUUUUUUGCCACAGCAUCCGACUGGGAGCUCGCACGAGUUACUUGUCCACUUGGUACAGGGGGUAGCCGUGUUAGUCUGUAUCCACAAAAACAACGAGGAGGCAGAAGCGUGCGGAGGUGCCAGUCUUUAAGGUGCCACCCGACUCCUCGUUGUUUUUGGCCAAUAGGACUCUAAAUCCUUUCCAGAUUCAUUGAUUUCCGGGAUAAGUCCCCCAUUCUGUAGGGAUGGUCUGCAUUCCUUGUUUCUAGAUCUAUAACUUUGGGUGUGGCUGUAUUUAAAUGCAUUGUGUUUGAAUGGACUCAUUUUACCAAGCAAACCAGAUUGCUGUGUAUGACUGCCCUGUCCUCAUCAUUAGUCCACACCCUGCUAAUUAUUGUGUCACCCCACAGCUUUGAUCAGCGGUGAUUUUAUAUUUAUGUCCAGAUUACCGAUGAAUGUUAAAUAGCACUGGCCCUAGUGCCAAUCCCUAGAGAGCCCCGCUAGAAACACUCCCCUUCAGCGAUGCUGAUGCACCAUUGACAACUACUUUUGGAGCUCUGUCCGCUUGCCAGUUCUUAAUCCUUUUAAUUGGGGUUUUACUGCUAUCGUACAGUGCCCAUUUUGUAAUCAGAAUGUCAUGUGAUACUAAGUCAACCCCCUCACAAAAGUCUAUUAUAUUUAGAGUUAUCUUUGUCAACCAAACAUGUAAUCACACCACAAAAUGACAUCAUGGUUUGUAACAAGACCUAUUUUCCAUAAAACCAUCUUGACUGGAAUUAAUUAUAUUCCUAUCAUUUAAUUCUUUAUCAACUGAAUCCUGUAUCAGCUUUUCCAUGAUUUUAUCCAGGAUUGACAUUAGGCUACCUGGCCUGUAGUGCUCCAGGUCAUCUCACUUGCCUUUUUUGAAUAUUGGCACAAUGUUACCACUCCUCCAGACUUCUGGAAUUUUCCUGAUAUUUCAAGAUUUAUUAAAAAUUAACAUCAGUGGACCAAACUUGGGUCUCUUGGGUGCAAGUUAUUUAGGCCUGCUGAUUUUAAAAUGUUUAUCCCUAGGAGAUAUUGUUUUACAUCCUCUUUGGUUACUAAUGGAUUGGAAAGUACUCCAUCAUCCUCAUAUGAUAUGAGUACAUCAUCCUGCUUCUUUCCAAAUACAGAACAGAAAUAUUUAUUGAACACUUCUGCCUUUUCUGCAUUAUUAUUAGUGGAGGGAGGGAUAGCUCAGUGGUUUGAGCAUUGGCCUCCUAAACCCAGGGUUGUGAGUUUAAUCCUUCAAGGGACCACUUAGGGAUCUGGGGCAAAAAUCAGUAUAUAGUCCUGCUAGUGAAGGCAGGCUGGAGUCAAUGACCUUUCAGGGUCCCAUUCAGAUCUAUGAGAUAGGUAUAUCUCCAUCUAGUAAUGGGCCUAUACUAUUGUUGGAUUUCUUUUGUUCUUAAUACACUUAAAAAAACUCCUUCUUAUUGUCCUGAUUCAUGUCAGCUAUGGAUGUUUCCAGCUUCCCUUAUCUAUUUUCUACACUUCAUAACUUCUAAUUUGCAUUGAUUGCUAUCUAGUCCCUUUUUUCCCCAUUUGUUAUGCUGUAUAUUAUUUUUUAUUUCUAAUUUAUGUCUUCAAUUCACCCCUGAACCAGGAUGGCCUUUUAACCAAAGUCAUCGUCUUUCUUGAUUGUAGAAUUGUGGCUUUUUGGCCACCUAAUAAACUCUUCUUAAAGAACUCCCAAUUUUUCAUCAAAUUUUUGUCUAAAUUUUUCAUCACAACCAAUUUCCUUUAGUCUAGGGAAAAUUUGCCCUUUUGAAGCACCAAGAAUAUAUAUUACUAGUUGGGACUGUCCUCUGUUUGCCCAUGUUGAAUGUAAUGUGCAUGACCAUGUGAUCUUAUUGUUCCCCUCAUCCCCACAUCUCCAUCUUCCCUCCUAUUGUUUUUUAUACUUAUGUUUUGUUCUAAUUAGAUUGCAAGCUCUUUGGGGCAUGGACUCUCUCUCUGUGUUUGCAUAGCCCCUUGUAUAGUGUAGCCCUGAUCCGGCCUCCAGCCUCUGGGUGCUACCACCUUACAAAUAAUAAUUAUGAAAAGAUGAUUUCUCUGAUGUAAUCUGGAGGUCUGUGCUCAUCUGACAGAAAGCCGUCACAGUCUGGUAGCACUGUGCAAAACUGGUGAAAAAUGUCUCUGAAAUCUUGCAGAAACAUUUUUGUGUGAUCUUGGGCCCCUCAUAUUUCACUUUUCUGCUCAUCCAGACUGUGCCUAAAUAUUGCUUUUUCUUUCAUAACAUUUAAAAAAUGUUUAAAAACCUUUCUGUUCUAUCCCACCAUCUGAAACUCUCAUCUGUGCACCAAUAAUCUCCAAUCCUGAAUCCCACAGUCUUCUCUGUUUCAGCUUCCACAACGCCUUAUUGGCCCUUUCCAAUUCAUCCAAAAUACAGCUGCUAUGGGCCAGGAAGCCAUGGAGGAAAGCACUGACUUCACUUCUGGAAAUGAUCACGAAAUUGCCAGAGAACUCUGGGUGGAGGGAUAGUUCGGUGAUUUGAGCAUUGGCCUACUAAACCCAGGGUUAUGAGUUCAAUUCUUGAAGGGGCCACUUGGAGAUCUGGGGCAAAAAUCAGUACUUAGUUCUGCUAGUGAAGGCAUGGGGCUGGACUCAACUCCAUGACCUUUUGGGGUCCCUUCCAGCUCUAUGAGAUAGGUAUAUCUCCAUAUAUAACUCGUUAAAUAUACAAUACAGGCCUCGCAAGGAGCUUUUCAUAGGCGACAUGCUUUCGGGAGUCCCUAUACGUUAUGAAAGCUGGGAGCUGCAGGAGUAUGAAGUAAAUAUGCCUCAGGCUACUUCCUACUUCUGGAAAAUAAAAUCGUCAUCAGAAUAAGACAAAUGAUGACAGCAGCUCGAGAGAGUGAUGCUAGAUGGAUGGCCAGCUAGUGAAAGGCCAGGAACUUCCAAGCGUUGAAUGUUGUUGGGAUUAAAGGGAUGAAGUUGUUGCGUGUGACUGGAUUCUGUACAGAGGACACCAUGCUAAGCAUACUCAAUACCGUCCAUCUGGGCAGUGAGUAAUGUAAGAGUAGAGCCUGAUAUAGCUUGUCUGGUCUGACCUCCAUCUAAACAAGGGAUCGGCAACCUUUGGCACGCGGCUCGCCAGGGUAAGCACCCUGCCAGGCCGGGCUGGUUUGUUUACCUGCCAUGUCUGCAGGUUGGGCCGACUGCUGCUCCCACUGGCCGCGGUUCACCAUCCCAGGCCAAUGGGAGGCUGCGGGAAGCGGCGGCCAGCACAUCCCUCAGCCCGCGCCGCUUCCCGCAGCUCCCAUUGGCCUGGAGCGGUGAACCGUGGGCAGUGGGAGCUGGGAUCUGCCGAACCUGCCGACGCAGAAAGUAAACAAACUGGCCCGGCCCGCCAGGGUGCAAAGGUUGCCAAUCCCUGAUCUAGACUGUACGUUUACUAGCUGGCUGUAUUAGCUGGCGGUGGUUGUUUUGGGAUGAUAUUAUGUUUUAUUUGCGUUUGAUUUUCAAAAGGAAAAAAAAUAGGAAGAUUAACAGUACCCCUGAAAUCAGCAGAUACCGGCGCUUGUCAUGUGGCGGGGGCUUCUCUUUUGUGCUAGAUUGGGGCUAGGAAAUAAAAAUCAGUCUCUUGCCAGCAGUCCUGUGUGUCACUCAUUUAUAACAGGCACAGCGCCCUCCUGGAUUGCAGCCUUGAGACAUACCUGUUAGCUGCACAGCCGCUAAUAAAGAAUAGUUCGUAUAGGCCCAAUUGAAGGACCAUUCCACAAGUGGGAAUAUUUGUACCUAUGUUUGCAGUGUGGUUGUAGCCAUGUCGGUCCCAGGAUAGUAGAGGGACAAGGUGGGUGAGGUGAUAUUUCUCCCACCAACAGAAGUUGGUCCAAUAAAAGGUACUACCUCACCCACCUUGUCUCUCCAAUAUUUGCAGCUCUCUUUUAUCCGUGUCUCUGUGUAACACAAGUUGUUCAUCAUCUGGAUGUUAUCGAGUUCAGUUAAUUCCACCUUUGGUUAGUUCCCUUCAUUACUGCAGAAGACAAUUGACUGUGUGUAUUUGUUUAACUUGAUUUUACAAUUAUUUAUAUACAAAUGAUAUGAUUCAGGCUGCCCGGGAGAGAUUUAUGGUCUGAACUAUUCCUGGUGCUUCAGGAGACAAGGAAAUUGUAGACGUGGACUAAUAAAUAUUUCAUAUCGACGUAGGGUAUAUCUACACUGCAGGGGGUAGACAGACACACGCUAGCUCAGCUUGCGCUCGUGUGCUAAAAAUAGUAGUCAGGGUAGCCCAGGAUAAAUCCGUGCAGACCCCUUGCGUAUGUACUCAGGUGACACGUCCAAACUGCCACCUGAGCUAUCCCUGGCUGCUAAAGCUUACCCAUGCUGGGAAGCACGUCCCAGCUGCAGUGUACAUGUGCCCAAAGAUUUUAACAUCAGAAGAGCUCGUUAUGAGCAUUAAACCUGAUCUCCUGCCUAGUACAGACCAUGGUAUUUCAAUCGUUUAGACUAUUUCAUUUUUCCAUGGUGUCUCCAAUGUUCUGCAUCAAAAUCAGAAACAAAUACAUUCAAAUACAAAGCAACACGUGAAGAAGGGAUCAGUAGAUACAAAAUGAGCUAAACAGUCUCUCACCCCUUGGUCAGCCGUUCAAAUCCAGCUUAGGCCAGUAUGGAAGGGCAACAAAAAUAAUUAGGGGUAUGGAACGGCUUCCGUAUGAGGAGAGAUUAAUGAGUCUGGGACUUUUCAGCUUGGAAAAGAGACAGCUAAGGGGAGAUAUGAUCGCGGUCUAUAAAAUCAUGACUGGUGUAGAGAAAGGAGAUAAGGAAGUGUUGUUUACUCCUCAUAACACAAGAACUAGGGGUCAUCAAAUGAAAUUAAUAGGCAGCCGGUUUAAAACAAACAAAAGGAAGUAUUUCUUCACACAACGCACAGUCAACCGGUGGAACUCCUUGCCAGAGGAUGUUGUGAAGGCCAAGACCAUAACAGGGUUCAAAAAAGAACUAGAUAAAUUCAUGGAGGAUACGUCCAUCAAUGACUAUUAGCCAGGAUGGGCAGGGAUGGUGUCCCUAGCCUCUGUUUGCCAGAAGCUGGGAAUGAGCACCAGGGGAUGGAUCACUUGAUGAUUAACUGCUCUGCUUAUUCCCUCCGGGGCACCUGACAUUGGCCAUUGUCGGGAGACAGGAUACUGGGCUAGAUGGACCUUUGGUCUGACCCAGUAGGGCCACUCUUAUGUUCUUAUGUUAAGGGAAUUAUUACUAUGUGUAGCAACUCCUGGCUUGAAGGGGUUUACAGUUUGGUUCAGUGGCUCUCAGCACCCCCACUAUAACAUCGUUCCAGCACCCCAGAUGGUUGCUUAGGAGUUGCUAUGUGAAUCAGUGUUGCUACCUUGUGCGAUUCUGUUAUAAAUCUUGCAAUAUUUGGUGGUUUUUCUAGAGUUCCAGCUGCUGGAAUCAAGAGAAUAGGUGCAAAUUGCAGUGUUCAUUUUUUUUAAAUGUAAGUUUCUAGCCCUCCUGAUUGCAGGGAAAACCUUGAAAACAUGAAGCAAGUGUAACUUAAAAGCUCAGAAAACAAAUAAAAAGGACUUAAUUUUUA